AUGGUGUAUGAUUGGGAAAACAAAGAAGCUAUAUGCUAUCGCAUGUACAUUGAGGAAAAGAAAUCUUUGGAGGAAAUUAUGGAAUAUAUGAAAGAACAAUAUUCCUUUAAUCCAUCUAAACGUGCAUUUCAAACUCAAUUCAAACGAUGGGACUUUCCUUCAAAACAAAACCCCGCACACAAGAAUACAGCACUCGUUCAACGCGUGAAGGAAUUAUGGGAUUGCAAUACAUCACAGCGCGAAAUGCUUCGCAUUCUCAACGAAGAAGGAUUCGACAUCAAGGAGCGUGAACUUAUGCGCGUCAGAACUAAGUAUCGCUGGUUGUUACGAGAACCUAACGGAAUGAAGUCAAAGAAACUAUAUGAUCAAGAUGUACAAAAUCAAUUACAACAAGCACUCUACAACAAUGGACAAUUACUGGAAGGGGAACCGCAGAUGGAAGAGCAUAUGGAAGACUUACCACCCACUUUAACCACUCCUAAGCACAGCUCGAGAGCUGCAUCUCCACCACUUAGUCCGCAGGUUAUGGCAAAGAGACGAGAGCGUUUGGCCAAGUUACAAGCCGAAUCUGCAGAUCGAUGGGCCUCUCGCAAACGCCGUCGUCGAACUCGUGGUUGGGCUGGUCUUCCGGCAGAUCCUCCAGGACCUCCUCGAUUCCCCUCCGAAACAACUAUCGAUGAAAGCAAGUCCUUCCUGAGUCUCGAUAAUCGUUUAUAUCGGGAUAUAAGGGCUCGAUUUCAACGCAUAUGUGAAGAAGCACGCAUCAUAAAGAAGACAAUUGCUGGACCCGAGGUUUGGGAAGCUGCAAAGGAUAGACUCAUACAAGAGAGUGAACAUCUGCAAUCAGUUUUCUGGAAUAAUGAAGACAAUCAGGAUGCAAAAAAGCUAGCUCUCGACGUUGUUUGUGGCGAUGUAACAAAGCGAAUGCGAACCCUGUUGCGUCGUAUGACUAUCGCCGAAGCGAAGAAUGCACUGGGAGUAAAUCCUGAGGAGUCCAGGCAGCUUCGUAAUGCGUUCUAUCAGACACUGAAAGCUGAUCAUUUCACCAGUAAGCUUGAAGCCGGAGAAGAGCAUUGGAAAGAACUUAAAGAGUCCUGGAUUAAUGGCUCGGAGCUAUUGCAGAAUCUUCUUGCGCCGGGAGACUCUGAUCCUCAGCAUCCUCUGAAGGUCAAGGCAAUGGAGGUUUUGUGUCGGGACGUCAUGAAGCGUCUUCGGGAUGACCAGACCAAACGUGAUCCAACAAGAAGAAAGAAGUUUGAUAGUACUUUCCAACCUGAUCAAACCAUGGACCAAUUCCACGACAACGAAGAGGGAUCACCAAGUUUCCAUCAGGAUCCACAGGAUGAUGCACUUAUUCAGACGGCAGCUCAUGCUCAUGCUCACUCACAGAAUCAAGUUCAAUCUCAUAUACAAGUACAAGCGCAAACACAAGCUCAUCAGGCUCAAGCCCAAGCUCAGGCUCAAGCCCAGGCUCAUGCUCAUGCUCAGGCUCAGGCUCAGGCUCAUGCUCAGGCUGAAGCUCAGGCACAAGCACACGCACAUGCUCAAGCUCAAGCUCAGGCUGAAGCUCAGGCACAAGCACACGCACACGCACAUGCUCAAGCUCAAGCUCAAGCACACGCCCAGGCACAAGCUCAGGUCCAACCUCAAUCUCAGGCUCAUACACCUAUUAUGGGGAAUCACGUGGAUAUGCAGAUCGAUCCAUCACUACUCUCUGGAGGUGCCAACAAUCCUGGUUUGAUGAAUCGUAGUAUGCAGAAUCAGUUUGCGGAAACCCAAUAUACGGAUCAACAAUAUGUCGCCCAGGCAGCCCAAGCAUUUCCAUCAGCAACGCCCUCAUCAGUGGCUGUUUACUUUCGGCUACACCCGAAUUCAGAAAUUACAACCCCCAACAGAUUAUGGAUUGGCACGUUGAACGCAUUUACUCUUGAUGAAAUACGCCGAUUGGCUGCCUCCAAAUUUUCUGGGACAUACACUGGUCGUGUUGAGGGCUGCAUGGGACCACCCGAUCAAGAAAUGACAAUACCCAUUGACAAUGACGACGAAUUAGAUGCCUACUUGGCAAUGGGUGGUGUUAAGCCGAUGUUUAAUGUUCAGUUGCUCAAUGCAUGGAAGAAUGUCUAG